CUACUUUUGGUCAACUGUCAUUUCGACGAGUUUGGACUCGAGCCAAUAAUAGGGGACCGAUUGAAUAGGUAUAACUGGCAACGCUGGAUCCAUCUGAUCUGUGAGCAGUUUGAAUUUCAGUAGUAAAUAAAAUAUUUGAAUUUGUAUAAUGGACCCUUUGAGUACUUUUUUGGUCGAAAAUAAAAAUGGUACUGGUGAAAGUGAAUCUACAGAAAAUAUAUUUGAACCCACUCUUCCGCCAAAUGAAUACGAUUCAUUUAUAUUAUCCGAAACGGGCUGUGAUAAUCAAUUUGAGCACCAUCGGGCAAGUGUGAAGAUAGAAACUCCGAACUGCGAACAAGGAAAGUCGACUGAUAGUCAUGUCAUAAACAAUCUUAACGACCCAUCCCAAAUCGUUAAUUUCUAUAAUACCAACUUUGAAAGCAUUGGUACUAGUAGCGGUCUUGCUACAAUACCAGAACCACCAUCAGAACUUGGGGCUCGAACAGACAUGCCUUUAAAACAACGAAAGCAAUCAAUCAAUCAAUUGUUCGAAUGUGAGAUGUGCGGCAAAGAAUUCUUUCAGAAGCAGUCUCUGCAGCGGCACAUUCCUAUUCACACUUGCGAGCGACCGUAUGCGUGUGACAUAUGUGGCAAAGUAUUUCCCCGGCGGGAUUACUUGACCUCGCAUAAACUCGUUCACAGUAGUGAACGACCCCAUAAGUGCGAGGUGUGUGGGAAAACAUUUUCGCUGAAACGGCGCUUGCAGCAGCACGUUAACAUCCACACUGGCGAGCGGCCUUAUAAAUGUGAAAUAUGUGGCAAAGCAUUCAUCCAGCAGGGUAACUUGAUAUUGCACCGAGUCAUUCACAGUGGUUUACGGUCGCAUAAAUGCAAGAUGUGUGGCAAAGGAUUCCUUCAUAAGCAUCACUUGCAAAAACACGUUAUUAGCUGUCACACUGGUGAGCAGGCCAAUAAAUAUACAUCCACGGAAACUAUUGUAUGCGAACCCACGAUCGCAUCAAUCGGGUACGACUCGUUCAUAUCCGAUAAGGUCUGUGUUAGUAAACCUGAGUAUCAAAGAGCAAGUGUGACAGAGGUUCCAAAAUACGAACAGGCAAAGUCGGUUGAUGACCAUAAUAUCAACAACUCAACCCAAAUCGGUGCUAUCAACAAUUCUGACCUUGAUGGCAUUGGCAGCGAUCAUCAAACAACGCCAGAGUCACAAACGAAGAUUGGAAAUCAGACAGACAUGCCUUUGAAGGCACGCAAGCGAUCCUACUGUGGAAAUCGACUGUUCUAUUGUGAUGUAUGUGGCAAAGAAUUUUUCCAGAAGCAGUCGCUGCAGCGACACAUUUCCGUUCACACUGGCGAGCGACCGUUCGCAUGCGAAAUUUGUGGCAAAGUAUUCCCGCGGCGGGAUUACCUAAUCUCGCACAAACUAAUACACAGUAGUGAACGGCCCCACAAAUGCGAGGUGUGUGGCAAAACAUUCACGCUGAAGCGGCGCCUGCAGCAUCACGCUACCAUCCACACUGGCGAGCGGCCUCAUAAAUGCGAGAUAUGUGGCAAAACAUUUAUCCAGCAGGGUAACUUGACAUUGCACCGACUCAUUCACAUUGGUUUACGGUCGCAUACGUGCGAGAUAUGUGGCAAAGGAUUCCUUCAUAAGCAUCACUUGCAGAAACACGUUGCCAGCUGUCACACUGAGGACCAGUCUAAUAAAUGCGAACCCACGGAAACUAUUGUAUGCGAACCCACGAUUCCAUCGAAUGGGUUCGACUCGUUAAUGUUAUCCGAUAAGCAUUGCGCUAGUAAACCUGAGUAUCAACCAACAAAUGUGAAGAUAGAGUCUCCGACGUACGAACAGGGAUAUUCAGCUAAUGACCAUGAUAUCAACAACUCAACCCUGCCUGAUAAUAUCUACAAUGCCAACUAUGAUAGCAUUGGUACUAGCAGCGAUCUUCCAACAGUACCAGAGACACAAUCCACAGAGCUUGGAGAUCAGACAGACAUGUCUGUGAAGCAACCCAAACGACCCUACUGUGGAAAUCGACGGUUCUGCUGUGAGGUUUGUGGUAAAGAAUUCUUCCAGAAGCAGUCCCUCCAACGACACAUUCUCAAUCACACAGGCGAGCGACCGUUUGCAUGCGAAAUAUGUGGCAAAAUAUUCCCCCGGCGGGAUUACUUAACAACGCACAAACUAGUACACAGUAGUGAACGACCCCACAAGUGCGAGGUGUGUGGCAAAACAUUCUCGUUGAAGCAGCGUCUGCAGAAACAUUUUGCCAUCCAUACUAGCGAGCGGCCCUUCGAAUGUGAGAUAUGUGGCAAAGCAUUUAUCCAGCAGGGUAACUUGACAUUGCACCUACUCACUCACAGUGGUUUACGGUCGCAUAAGUGCGAGAUAUGUGGCAAAGCAUUUCUUCAUAAGCAUCACUUGCAGCAACACGUUGCCUCGCACAUUGCUGUGCAGUCUAAUGAAUGUGAAUCCGCAGAAACUAUUGUAUGUGAACCCACGAUGCAACCAAACGGGUUCGGCUGUGAUAGUGAACUUGAACAUCAGCGGACAAGUGUGAAGAUAGUGUCUUCGAAGUACGAACAGGCUGACAAUCAUGACAUCAACAACGCCACCCUGAUCGAUAACAGCUACAGCACUAACUUUGAAAGCAUUGGGAGCCACGGCGAUCUGCCACCAAUGCCAGAGUCACAAUCGAAGCUCGAGGAUCCGACAAACAUGUCUAUGAAGCAACCCUAUUGUAAAAAUCAAUUGUUCUACUGUGAUGUAUGUGGCAAAGAAUUCUUCCAGAAGCAGUCCCUCCAGCGGCACAUUCCCACUCACACUGGCGAGCGACCAUUUGCAUGCGAAAUAUGUGGCAAAGUAUUCCUGCGGCGAGAUUACUUAACCUCGCACAAACUAAUUCACAGCAGUGAACGACCUUAUAAAUGCGAGGUGUGUGGCAAAGCGUUCUCGCUGAAGCAGCGCCUGCAGCAACACGCCACCAUCCAUAGUGGCGAGCGGCCUCAUAAAUGUGAAAUAUGUGGCAAAGCAUUUGUACAGCAGGGUAACUUAACCACUCACAAACUCAUUCACAAUCUUUUACGGCCGCAUAAGUGCGAGGAAUGUGGAAAAGAAUUCCUUCAUAAGCAUCACUUGCAGCAACACGUUACCAUCCACACUGGCGAGCGGCCAUAUAAGUGCAGCAUAUGUGGCAAAGCAUUCACCCAUCAGGGCUACUUGAACUCACACAAACAUAUUCACAGUAAGUGAACAACCCAAUGGGUGCAAGGGGUGUGAAAAAGCAGGAAAUUAAUAUGCAAAAACACUGAAGCCACACUGUUGAGUGUCCGUAUAAUGUGAAAAAUGUGCAUUCAACGGACGCGAUUCCUAAGCCGCAUGUUCAUUUGCAGUAGUAGUCAGUGCAUUAGUCUAUUGCCGUUGGAUAUAGAACAGAUCGCACAAGCGUGGAAAUUGUGGCGAUUGAUUCAAUCAAAAUAUGAAUGCUUACCAGUGUUAUAGUUCAUAAAGAGGCAUAUGUGCUCCAUAUAACAUUUUACCAAUCUUACUGGUAUUGUUAAAUUAGUAAAUUAUUUGCCCCAUGUUAAAAGUAAAACGUAACGAGGACGGGACUGUGUCAAUGAUUUAAAGAAACGGACGAAAAAAGCUUUUUUUAUUCGUUUAUGGGCAGCUAGGGCCGAAGGUGGUGGCUUGCGGGUUUCAUACAUCCUUGACCUAUGGUGCAUUGAACACAGGCAACGCAAAUCCAACGCAUCAUUGAAAUGUUAAGUUCUGCGUUUGAGAUGCACUUUCUUCGGCUGCCAGACGAAUACCUGUAAUUAUUGUGUGUGAAUUUGUAUGUAUAAGUCUAAUUGUGAGCAGUGGCGUCUUGUCUUCAAAACACUGAAUAUUCAAAUAAAAAUUGGUGCUUAAUCUUUGAGAAAAUGUGAUGUUCAACUGUAAUUGUCAAUAUAAUACUGUUUGUGUGUACCGAUCGCUCCCCAUCGAAUUUCUCUCAUGUGCAGUGAUUUGCGGCUAAAACGUAUAUUUGCUGAGGUGUAGUAAUGCAGUCCAAACAAUGUUCUAGAAUAUUCAUGUAAUGGAAAAAUCUAGAAGAAAACUUAUGAUGAAAAAACUGUUUAAGGGGCCUUUCAUAAAUAAAGCCCUAUAUUUCAAAAGGCUUAAAAGCUAGACAAUUUAAGUCUCUAGGUAAAUUGUUUUAUGAUGAGUUGCUCCACUAUUUUGUAGAAGUAUUUUUCUAUCUGAAUUAUUGAAGAAAAUAAAUUUAGUAACUCACUACUAGAGGGAUUAGUCAUCAAUCCGCUAAGGCAGAAAGAAGGGGAGUUCUAUUCCAAGAAACUUUCGUAGACACCACAUUGCUAAAGUCCAACAGUUUUGACGCAAUCUAAAAACCCCCGUUUUUGCGCUUUGAGACCGCAGUGGUCGGAAAUUCCAAAAACGUGAGCUAAAUUCACUAGAGGCCAAACCGUCGAAUAUAUUAACAAGGUGUCUUUGGAGGGAUUGUUCGUAUGAAUGUUCCCCAUAAUCUGAUAAAAAUUAAAAUUAGGCAUGGCUUACUAUGAUCGAACUAAAAAAAACUAUGCUAACGACGUAGAAAGUUGGUGUCUUCGACAAAGUUUUAGAAAUGCUUGUAAUAAAGAAUUAUUGAAGAACUUGUACUUGUAGGGCUAAAGAUUAUCGAUUCAUAAAGCGUUUUCUACGGCAAUCCUAUUAAUUUUAGUUUUCUAAUUAUAACAUUUUUCAUUAUGACUUCGUGCAAACGAUGUUCAAGACAAAUGUGGCGGCAUUGAAACCACAUAAUAUUAUUGAAGACUAUUGGCCUUAUUCUGAGCGGCGUGUGACGUGAGGUGACUAAACUCACGUCACUUUACGCGACUUUUUUCACUCGAUUCUUAGAGUCAGCUCGAGUGAGGUGAGAAUCUCCAUUGCGGUUAAAUGGGCGUCUCACGUCACCCAAAGUGACUCUUCGGAAUAGACCUUUCUUGUCAAAUAAUUUUAUAUGCUAAAAUGCUUCUUUUAUUGUCCCUGAAUCGAUACUGCAUAUUGCCACGAUGAUGUAGUGCCUCUAACUAUUGAAAAAAUCAAAAAUACUGUGAACUGCUCGUUUAACUCCACUUUCUCCGGACCUAUCUUGCCUCGGUUCCCCAUAUUUGUUCAUCACUUGGAUGAUUUCCUGGUGGGGAAUAUGCAAUAAUGCAACAAGGAUGGCAGUUCUGCACAUAUACUACCGAAUCUGCAGAUUAUUCAUUUUAGUUGCAGAUUUUUCACAGAUCGCAAAAAUAAGCAUCUGUCACUUAAAAUUUUAAACAAUUUAUAAAAUUUUAGAUUAUUUAACAUACCAUAGCACUAUAUUUUAGUAAGAAAUAUGCUGCAGAAUUCUGCGAUAUUUACACUUUUUGGAUUUCUGCUGUUGCUAUUUGUACAAAUCGAUCUGGCAGCUCUGGUUAUUUUGAAUACGAUGAACUAUUUGUUUUUAUUUUGCUUAUAAGCGGGUACUAUAUAUUAUUGAUCAAUAUAUUAACGGUGUAAGGGUUCUAAAAUAUUGACGCUGUAGAAUUCAAUUGGUAUUGAUGUAUUAAAGCAGUCAAUAUUUUAAUUGACAAUAUAGAAUAUAAAUAUUCAGAUAGAUUUUGGAAAAAAGAACUCCGUUGCUACAAAAGAACUUGGUCAGCUUUAUUACAGUUCUUUUGGUUAUCACGAAAUGCCUGGACUGCAGCAACAUACAGCAUUCUCUUGAUCUUUUUCGAUGGAACCGUUAAUUGGUUUGCAAUAACCCGUACUUUGCCGUCCUGGAGAGCGUUUGUUCAAAAAAAGUGCUCGAAAAAAGUGAAAAACAAUACUAAAAUCGUCACUGGUAGUAUGAAUGUGGCAUUGGAUUCCCUUAGGCUGUUACCGUGGCUGCAGGUGAAAACUCGAAAAUGGAUUGAGCGGACAGCGUAUGAAAAUCAGUAUCAUUAGUAAUAACUACCCCCCACACACGCACAUAUUACCGUGAUCAGAGAAAUGUGCAUGAUAAGCGAAGAUGAUUUGAUAGGAACAUUCGCAACCAAAUUUCAUCUCAGCUUAAGUUUAGGAUGAUCCGCACUUACCAGACGGCGUUUGAAGUUUUAAACAAAUACGCAAUACUUUGACAAUGGCUUCUCGUUGUCACCUAAUUAAUUACGAAUUUUAUGUAUCAUGUUGUAAUAUUGGAAGAUCUACACAUAUCAACUCGCUUAUACCAGUAAUUAUUUUCAGUGAUGGGCUACGCGUACUGAUAGCAUGAUGAUGAGAGUAUGAGAAUAAUAGGGAUUAGUCAGCACAUAGAAAAGUAAAGUCUUAAAAGUGUCUGUAUUGUGUGACUCUCAUAAUCUAUUUAAUUGUAGAACGUUGAAUAUUUGAAAUUCGUAUAUUGAAAUUUGUAUGUUAAUGUUAAUCAUACCAAAAUGAAAUUUUUCAUGCCAUAACUAAGACCCUAACAUCCUUAGGUAACUAACAUUUCCUUACCUUUGGCAAUAGCAUAAGAUGUGUAGAGUGGAACUCUACUAUAGUGCAAAAAGAUUUAGCAUUUAGCCACCCACGAUUCCUAAAUUAUAUAUUUUUCCCUUCGAUGCGUUUUGUAUGAUUUUUUCGAAUUGUCCAAAUGCCAAUCAUACAAUUAGCAUUCUGCAUUGCAAUGAACUGGAAUUUUUGACGAAUGUGGUCAACUUUUGAUUCUGCUAUCAUUCUGGAGAACGAAAGCUGCAUUUAUUCGAAAAAGGAAUCCGUCGUAAUUAUGAAUAAGGCUGAAUAUUCCCUGCAAAUGUAUUUUCCUUCGGCUUUUCCCUAAAAGUAAGGCAUCUAGAUUCCGUAUCGUUUUUCAGAAGCAAACGCACGGCGCAACUUCGUGAAAUGAUUGAAAUCAGAAGUGGUUUUACAUUUCUUAUAAAAGAAAUGUAUAGAAUUCGCUCAAACUUUCAAGAUUUUUUCCGAGGCCCGGAGGGCCGAGUCUUAUAUACCAAUCGACUCAGCUCGACGAUUUGUGACAAUGUCUGUGUGUGUGUGUGUGUGUGUAUGUAACGGACAAAUUCUCAUUCGUGUUUCUCAGCAAUGGCUGAACCGAUCUUAUCCAAACCAAUUUUAAAUGAAAGAACUAAAAAACAGUAUGAACGCUAUUAAUUUGUUUUUGAUUCUGAUGUUUAGUUUUUAAGAUAUGAAUGUUUGAAUGCGUAAAAAUGGCGUUUUUUGCAGUUUUUUUUAAAUGAUCUGCCGGAAUUGACAAUACAGAUUACCAAUUUAUAUGUUUUUAGACAGCUUUAACGAAUACCUUUCGAACACGCUAUAGAUUGUUGAAAUCGGACUAUUAUCAAAAGAGAUAUUUAACAUUAAAUGCGGACGAAAGAUAUUUAUCAUUUCCCAUUGCCAGAAAUAUGACCAAAAACAUGUAAUCUAUUAUUAACGCCAAAACGGCUUAUUUUAGGUCAAUUGUAUCUUCGGAGAAUUUAAUGGAGGUAAUUGUAAUGUAUAACAGUUUCAGUAGAAAGCUUUUCUUUCAGUGUAAGAAUUACUUGUCUAGAGAAGAAGCAUAACGAUACAUAACGCUAUCAAUACUCGAUAGCGAUCUGAAAUAAAUAUCAGCAGCUAGCAGUCAGUCUAGUCUGAGUAGCUGAGUCGACUUGAAGUAAAAUAUUUAAGUAGUGUUUCUUCUUCCGAAAACCAGUAUUCCGCCGAGUUCCUGGUGUUUUCUGCCGUCAUAGGCCAGGUCCGCCAUAGCUGGGGGAAAUCAGGAGAGGUUUUAAAGGAUUAUCAAACUGAUACCAGCUGUAAAUAGUAACAAUGAUCUCUAUUGAAAAACCCGGACGAAAUCGGUGGUGUAAAACGGUAGUUAUUGUAAAAAAACGUAAGGGCGAUACUUCAAUGCUGAUAGGUGGGACCGAAAAAGUAAACAAUCGCCAAAGGGGCGGUACUAUCAUUUUGUCAAUUUCAAUAGCAAAAACAAAUUUUAAUUUAAUAAUUUCAAAUACUUUAUGAA